AGCUUAGACCUCCAGUAAUGCCAUCUCAGAAGCAGAUUUAACCCAUUAACGCCCGCUGUACUCAAUCGAGUACACUCGUGUUUGUUCCUACCAGAGCCAUCUCCGAGUCAACCACAGAAGUACUGCCUUUUAUAAACAUUUGUAGAUGGUACAUGCGACAGGGCGCAAGAGUCAUUUUUCAUAAAUUCUGUGAGUGUGUCGUUGUUUACAGUAAUAGAAGUUAUUGCUUAUUUGAUCUAAGAGCCAUCUCCGAGUCAACCACAGAAGUACUGCCUUUUAUAAACAUUUGUAGAUGGUACAUGCGACAGGGCGCAAGAGUCAUUUUUCAUAAAUUCUGUGAGUGUGUCGUUGUUUACAGUAAUAGAAGUUAUUGCUUAUUUGAUCUAAGAUCUGUAUAUACCGUUUUUUGAUGAUCCUGUUAAAACAUACGAGUAUUACAAUUUUCUGCCUGAUGCUCGAGAUGAUUUAAAAGAUAACGAUGAUGUUGUGGUCUUGCUUACAGACGCGCGUUAUUUGACUGACGAGGAGAAAUUGGACGAAAAGCAACCGUUGGCAAAUGGAAUGCCACAAGAUGUUUCUGGUCGUUUAUAGCUGUUUCGCCAAAGUCCACCUAAUGACGAGUUCUGAAGCAGCGACGAAGAGCAUUUGAGUGAAGUGCGAACACGUAUACAAAUACCUAAAUGACUUGGACUGGGAGAAAUGCAAUCCUGAAUAUUCCAUUUGGUCUGAGCCGCCACCAUUAUGCGAAAUGCCAAUAGGGAUAAACUAGUGGAAGAGAUAAAGGAUUUAAAUCCAGUACAACUAUUUGAACUUUUCUUUGAUGAUACGGUUUUGCGGAAUAUUGUCGCUCAGUCCAUGUUAUAUGCAUCUCAAAAUACUCGACACCAAAGAAGAAAUUAAAUCCUUCAUAAAUUCGGACAUUUUCCUGCGAAGCUAGAGAAUCAAUUACGAUGUACAGUAUGCCAUUCAAGGGUUCGUCAACACUACGUAUGGAACGUGCCUGCUUGAAGUUACAUCAUACAAAAUAAACGGUUUCGCCCAUUGUACUCAAAUGAGUACAGAUAUUUUUUUGGUAAAAAUAAUAAAAU